AGGAGAAGGCGGUAAGAGCACCACAACAAGGCCGUCAGACAGCCAUCUUAGCUCUACCUUAAUUGUCGGCUUUCACUGUUUACAAACUAAAAAUGGAUCAUUCACUUGAACCUCAAAAUGCUGUUAAUACUUCAGUUAUUAGUAUGGGACCUUACACCGCGCAGCCCUCUCGGAGGCCCGGAUGCAGCAAUCUUCUUUCGACGGUAGCGCUGAAGCGUUAUAUUGAGAGAGCACUAGAGAGAGUGCUAGAGGGACGGACAAACGUGCAUCCUCAUGAUUGUGGCAUGAUACUGGACCGGCUCCGAGAAUCCUGUGUUGUUGAUAUCAUGAAGAGAGAAUUUCCAUCUAAAUUAUGCUGUACAAUAGGAAAUGACGCUGUUGAGGAAACGAUUGCUACCAUUGAGGAAGAUUCAGCUCUGAAGGCAGAUAUCAAAAAAUCUGAAAUUAUCAAAGACAACAGUCAGGGGAACAAUAAUUCUCAAUUCUCGGAGCCACAGUUGAGACAUGCACCAUUACCGAGAAAAGAUGUCCCUGCUGAAGUUCUUUAUUCUCUCAGAGGGGUGCAAUGCAGUCUCUGCAGGCAGCUAUUUAAAGGUCCAGACUGUUUGGAAUGCCUUAUUGAGCACACAAAGGAAAAACAUUUAGAUAAGGCCAGUCCGCGUUUUUUAAAGAGAGUUAGGGAGGAGAACUCCUAUAAGAAUUUGCUUGGUGAUGGAAUAAUGUACUGUACAUGUUCAAUGUGCAUUCGUAUAGGGUUUGCUAGAUUGGACAAAAGAUAUGAUGUUGCUCGUCGCAUGUGCCUUUGAAGGUAAAACUUUCAAAGUGUGCAUCCGCACACAAUAAUUCGCAUUCUUGUCAAAAAGUGCAGAAAUAAGGACCUUUUUCAGUCCUGUGCAUAACCUACGCAUUUAAUUAUAUUGUUCUACUAUUCAGUACUCCAACCU